UGUCAAAAAUUUGGCAUUUUCCCUCCUAGCUGGGGCAGCUCCAGCAAAGGCAGGCAAAACUGGAAACCACAUCGCCUGUUUUGUAGUCUUGGUUGAGUUUGUACACCCUCCCUCUUCCGAUCCAUCUCAUGCUGACAUCACAUUUCAAGAAGUCCGCUUUCAGCUCCUCCCACCUUCUCUCCAUCUCCCAACCUGCUUUUUAUCACAUCUUGCCUAUAGAGAGACCUUCAAGUCCCCAAAGCUUGUAGGUUUUUGUAGUCUUUUCGUUGGCAUAAAGCUAUUACACUAAUAUGGAAUUUGUGUGUAUAGCCAAAACGGCAACCUUUGCGUUUCGGUGUCAUUUUAAGUGCCAUCGGUGACUUUGCAAACUCUGUUGAACUGAAUUGGAGAUCGCCGGUGCGUUCAGGAUUACAAAGUUGUUGUGCGCCGGAAGCAGGAGCGGAUUUGACAGUACAAAGAGUACAGGCAAGACCACCGCCAGCCGACAAAACUGAUUCUGUUUCCUCACCGAACUUGCGCAGGCGGCACUCUAUUGGUUUACCCUGCGCGUAAGCGAGGUUCCGCCAGCCAUGCUCUCUUUUGCAUACCGACUCUUUCGAGCGAGCCCAGGCCGCGCUUUGCCAACGAGGCUGUUGCCCAACUGCGUCGCCCGCUGCAGCGCCGGCUGGCGGACGCAAAGCGCCGCGUUCUCCGCCCUCCCCAUGGAGGUCGCACUUGGGUUUUCUCCCUCCGGCUCUAGCCUCUUCGAUGAGCCGCUCGCCAUUUUGGUUGAGGGCCUGCGUCCCGAGCAGGAGGUCACCCUUCGGGCUUCGCUGCAGGACGAAACGGGGGAGCUUUUCGACACGCGGGCCUUCUACCAGGCAGACACAGACGGCUAUCUUGAUCUGAACCGUUCGCCGGCGCUGGAGGGCGGCAGCUUCUCCGGCCUGGAGCCGAUGGGGCUGCUGUGGUCGCUGAAGCCGCAGACGCCUUUCAAGCGACUGAUAAAACGCGAUGUGCGGCGCCCCCUCAUUCUUGAGUUGGAAGUGCUGGAAGGUCACGGAGAGUCCGGCAGCCUGCUGGCUAAGGGCGACCACGCGCGCUGCUUUCUGCGCGACGACGUCAAGAGGAUUCCGGUGCGGGACGGAAGCAUCCGGGCUACGCUUUUUCUGCCUUCUGGUGAUGGACCCUUUCCUGGAAUCAUUGAUAUAUAUGGAACUGGAGGAGGGCUUCCUGAAUACCGAGCAAGUCUGCUGGCCAAUCAUGGCUUUGCCGUGUUAGCAUUGGCCUAUUAUGGCUAUGAAGAUCUUCCUAAGAAUAUGAAGGAAUUCCACCUGGAGUAUUUUGAAGAAGCCUUAAAUUACAUGCUGCAACAUCCAAAGGUUAAAGGUCCAGGAAUUGGGCUACUUGGACACUCCAAAGGGGGUGAUCUCUGUCUUUCCAUGGCUUCUUUCUUAAAGGGUGUCACUGUGACAGUCACAAUUAAUGGCUCUGUAGCCAAUGUAGGUGCAACACUGCGCUACAAGGAUAUCACCAUUCCACCCCUUGGAUUUGAUGCCAAGAGAAUCAAAAUGGAUAAAACUGGAAUAGCUGACAUUGUUGAUGUUCUGAAUAACCCCCUUGAGGGUCCUGACCGCCAAAGCUUUAUUCCACUGGAAAAGGCUGAGGGACGUUUCCUUUUCAUUGUAGGCAAGGAUGAUCGGAACUGGAAAAGUGAAUUCUUUGCUACCGAAGCCUCCAACCAUCUGCAGGCUCAUGGAAAAGAAAAGCCAGAGAUCAUUUGUUAUCCUGGAGCAGGUCAUUACAUUGAACCACCCUAUAUACCAAUGUGCCCAGCUUCAAUGCAUCUCUUGGUGGGUAUGCCAGUGAUCUGGGGAGGGGAGCCCAGGGCUCAUGCUGCAGCUCAGGUGGAUGCUUGGCAGCAGAUUCAAGUCUUCUUUCGAAAAUGCCUAAAUGGUAAACAAAGUGAAUUACAAAACAAGUUGUGACAGUGUUGGCUAUAGAUAUCUUUCAGAAGAUCAGGCUUAUGCGAAUAUUUUGCUAAGCAGAAUUUUAGAGAAGAAAGAAAGCUUGGAGUUGACAGAUGUAUGUGUGAAGGUAUGUUCAGGAAGACUGAAGUAAUAGGGCUUGCUGUGUAAACAUUUUUCCUGAUGCUUUCUUUUAUACCAGUAUUGUGCUGAUUGAGCAUGUCAUACAUCUAUGGGAAGGAUUCAGAAAUGGGCUAGUUGCUCCACCCAAAUGAAAAAAGGUGGUUUUGGAUAUUAACUUAUAGACAGGACAGACCUGAUCCUUUCUUUUAUGCAUACAUAGAGCAUCAGUGCAUACAUUAAUCCCUCUCAUAUUGUAAUAAAAGUAUUUCAUACAAUUAUUUUGGAUAUACUACUAUUCAACUACUUCAAACUACUCCUUUGAAGUAGUUGAAAUCUAUCCAAAGAUCAAACGCAUAGGAAUGUGCCAUCCUUUUCUCCAAGUUGUCCAUUUUUCAAAAGAGAACCUGUUAUCCAUCCUUCUAUGACUCUGAACAUUCUACUACUUUAGUGGAUGAAUAAUAUGCUCCUGCAAAAAACCUGCUUAAGUAAGCACUCCUGCCUGCUGUGUCAAGUGGAAGUUUGGAGAGUUUACUCAUUUACUAAAUGUGAUGGGGAAAAUUCUACCUUGCUAUUUAAAAAGGAGGUCUUUUGGCAGUUCUGCUCCAGGUUUUAAAUGUGGAUAGAUCUGUUACCUAGGAGGCCUAAGUUUUAAGUGUAAAGCUCAGUUUUCCCCUGUCAGGAGAUGAUCUCAUGAGGAAACACUUUAGCUGGCUGCAUCUGACAGAUUAGGGUGCUUAUUCAAGAGCGGACCCAGUGGUUUCCAUAAUGGCUGUUUAGAUACAGCAAAGAAGUUAACUUGUUUAAUUUAUAGCAUAAACUAACUGCAUCAGCUUUUCCUUGAAUAUAUUCCAUAGAAAAAUACUGGUGUGUUCAAUUUACACUGAAUCACAAUACUUAACUGUGAAAACAGUUUGGAAUGAACUCUACAAUGCUGGAAGAGCAACUAACUACCUAAGUGCUAACAAAACAUCUUUGCUAAUGGUGUUAUAUAGUUUUUGCCAACCUGUAAUUUUCUAGCUCCAUUUCUUCUUAAAAUCUGUUGUAAUUAAAUUUAAAGAGAAUUAUGUUGUUCUCAGGCUAUAAAGCCGUUUGUGAUUUGGAAGAGUUUGCAAAUGUAAGUUUGUACUAUUCUGUUUAACUCAGUGUUGUAUUCUAUUAAAAAUAUUUGAAAUGA